AUGGCUUUUGAAACCCUGCUUUACGACGAGCAGGACGGCGUCGGCUACCUGACCCUCAACCGCCCUGACAAGCUCAACGCCCUCAGCCAGACCCUCAUGGCCGAGUUCCGCGAGGCGCUCGAGGGGAUCGAGGCCAACCCCGACGUCCGCGUGAUUAUCCUAACCGGCGCCGGCCGGGCCUUUUCCGCCGGUUUCGACAUCGAGUCCGAGGCCGGCGGACCCGACGGCGAACCGCUAUCGGUCGACGGCCGUCGCUCCCGCCUCCGGUACAGCAUCGAGACCUUCCUGAUGGUGUGGAACCUCAGCAAGCCCGUCAUCGCCGCCGUCAAUGGUUAUGCCCUGGGCGGCGCCUGCGAACUGGUGCAGGUCUGCGACGUCAAGAUCGCGUCCGACCGCGCCAUGCUCGGUGAGCCCGAAAUCCGCCUUGGCUACGGCGCUCCCUUCCUGAUCACGCCCUACUCGGUGAACCUCGCCAUGGCCAAGGAGAUGAUGCUCACCGGAGACAUCGUCGACGCCCACGAGGCCGCGCGUCUGGGCAUGGUCAACCGCGUCGUGCCCCACGACGAUCUGCUCGCCGAGUGCCAGCGCGUGGCCCACAAGAUCCGCAACAUCCCCGCCAUCGGCAUCAAGACCACCAAGAUCUCCGUCAACCGCGCCCUCGAGUCCGCUGGCUUCCUCUCGGCCCUCAACCAUAACCUCGAGCUAAUGACCCAGUUCGACACCGCCGACACCCCCGAGCAGGCCGAGUUCUCCCGGAUCCGCGCCGAACAAGGCCUCCGCGCCGCCCUCGCCUGGAACCGGGCCCGCUUCGAAUGA